CGACAGCGCAAGGACCGGACGGAUAAAGGCCAAUAUUCCUAUUAGCGUAUGUUACGCUAUUUAUUAGAUUAUUAUAAUCGUUUAGUAUCAAAGUGUGGAAAUUUGUUUUUAAUAAGUGAAACUUAUUCAGAUGACCUAUAGGUUAGGUUACUCGUAGUGUCCAAAAGUAGGUAUGUAUAAGUACAAAUAUGUCUCAAAAGGUUUUUAUAAUGCAGAGUAGGGUCAUUUGACAUUCUACCUGUAUAUUCAUUACCUACAACUUGUCCUAAGACCUUACAACGAGGCCGGUCCACCACAUAAGGAUUCUAUAGCCAACUCGACCAUUCCUCUUAUAAAGGCAUAUUUUUUCAAAUGAAAUGUUAGAAUACGUUGAUACAAACAAACAGACAAGAUGUGGACAAUAUUAUUAAAGUUUAUUCUGUUAGGGAUUUAUGUGGAAAAUGUGUUGGGAAGGAGAGUGGACAGGAACAAUGCCUCUUAUGUGGUCGAUGAUUCUUUAAAAUCAUCGGUGUGCCACUACAGCGACCCAAAUGUGGCUGACUGUAUCCAAAGAAUGGCGGAACAAGCCAAACAUCUUUUAGCCAAUGGCGUGCCGAACUUUGGCAUCCAGCCGUUGGAACCCUUGAAAGUCCCGAGUAUCAGACUAAGGCAACAUAAUGUCCCAAAGAAUGCUUUCAAAUAUGACGCGUGGCUCACAGAUGUCAUGAUCAGAGGACUGACGAAUUACACUUUUAAUAAAUUAGACGUGUACCCUGAAGAUUUGAAAGUAACAGCGAACAUUAGUCUCCCGCGCUUGGCCAUGGCCGGGGAGUAUGUAGUGCUGGGAGAGUUCCAGAUGUUGCCAGUGGAGUCCACGGGGAAAAUGUCGGCCAACUUUUCAAUGUGUACUGCGUCCCUGGUGGCCCUGGGUGCGCGUGUCCACAAACGGAUGGUGAUCCGCGACGCUGACGUCCGCCUGCAGUGCGGCGAGACCGUCCGCGCAGACCUGGAUGAGGUCCAUUCCACUACCAAUGAAAUGGAGAUGAUAACAGACCACAUAGCGAGGAUGCACUCAGCGGAGAUCGUGAAGGAGAUCCAGCCCGCAGUGGAGACCUCCUUGGCGAUGGUCCUGGAGGAUAUCGCCAAUAAGUUCCUCAAGCAUGUGCCUUCCGAAAUGGUCUUCCCCAACUAGUUUAAAAAAAUGUUUAUUUGAUAUAACAAUUUUAAAGUAAUAUAACGUGGAUAAUGAUUGUACCAUGGAAUUAAUAGGUACUCCGGUUGUACUAAGUACUUAUUAAAUCCAUGGAUUGUACCAAAUGGUAUUUUAAAUUCAGAGUGGCCAGCAAUUAUUACACCGUAAAUGACGAUGAAUUUUUGUUGACGUUACCAGUUGUGUAAAAUCUUGUAAUUGAAUAUUGUACCAAAAUGAUCUCUGCUUGGCAUACGUCAUGGCGUUAAUCACGAUACUGGUCUUCCACGAAUCCCAAAUUUGCCAAUGGUAGAUACAAACUUUAUACAUAUAUUUCUAUAAAUAUUUAUUUAUUUUUUAUUUUCUGAUUUUUUUUUCAUUGUUAGGAUUUGCGUACAUAUUAUACUGAACUUAGAUGUAGUUCAAGCAGUUAUCUUGUUCAUACAUUUUUACAUUGUAUCGUGUACAAUAUUUUUUUUCUGUGUUUGGUAAUGAAUGAUUUUAUUUAUUGAAAUAUUUAUUUAAUUUAUUUGUAGAUUGUAAAAAUAAA